UUGUUAUCUUAUCUUCUGAUAGCCACGCGUCGCUCAAGGAAAGGAAUAUAUUACCGUUUGGAAAACGAUUCUCGCUUGAAACGACGUCGUUAGCCCUGUAAUGUUCAAUUAGCAUACUCAUACUGGGCAUUGGCAUUACGAUACGACCACCUGAGGCAGGCAGCAAGAAGAAUCCAUGGCGGGUUCUGGCGGGAAAGGAGUGGGCCAGAUAGUCACUGGCUUGGGGGAAAGUGGACUGGGAAAGGCUUUGGCCGCCAUUGCCGCUGCUUUCCUCUUCCGCAUGUUCUCCGGCCCUGGCCCAGCACUCUUACCGGAGAACUGCGCUGAUGACGACGACAUUGACGACCAAAGCGAUUUUGAUGGAGGUCACACCGGAAAAGUUGUUCCCGUCACAAUCCGGUGGCGUAGCAUCACCUGCUCGCUCUCUGACAAGUCUUCCAAAUCAGUGCGAUUUCUAUUGAAAAACGUUGAAGGAGAAGCCAAACCGGGAAGACUGUUAGCGAUUAUGGGUCCGUCAGGCUCAGGAAAAACGACGCUCCUAAACAUACUGGCGGGUCAGCUAACGGCGUCGCCGCGGUUGCAUUUGUCAGGUUUAUUAGAGGUCAAUGGAAACCCUAGUAUGAAGAAAACUUACAAGUUUGCUUUUGUGAGACAGGAGGACUUGUUUUUCUCGCAGUUGACAGUACGGGAAACUUUGUCUCUGGCUGCUGAGCUUCAGCUUCCGGAGAUAACCACUGUGGAAGCUAGAGAUGAGUACGUGAACAAUCUUUUGUUCAAAAUAGGCUUGGUCAGUUGUGCUGAUUCAAUUGUUGGUGAUGCCAAAAUCCGUGGAAUUAGUGGGGGAGAAAAGAAACGUUUGUCUCUGGCAUGCGAACUAAUUGCAAGCCCGUCUGUUAUAUUUGCUGAUGAGCCCACAACUGGGCUUGAUGCCUUCCAAGCAGAGAAAGUAGUAGAAAAUCUCCGACAGCUUGCUGAAGAUGGGCAUACUGUAAUUUGCUCCAUUCAUCAGCCCAGAAGUUCGGUGUAUAGUAAAUUUGAUGAUAUUGUCUUGCUAACAGAGGGGGCACUUGUUUAUGCUGGUCCUGCACGUGAUGCGCCACUGGAGUAUUUCUCCAAAUUAGGAUACAGUUGUCCAGAUCAUGUGAAUCCCGCUGAGUUUUUGGCUGAUCUUAUAUCAAUUGACUAUAGUUCAUCUGCAAGUGUUGACUCAUCUCAGAAGAGAAUAGAUGGUCUUGUUGAGUCAUUUUCACAACAAUCUUCAACAAUUCUAUAUGCAACUCCAAUUGCAAUAAGAGACGUCUCCAAAGAUAGUGUAAAGUUUGAAAGGAGAAGAAUAGUUAGAAAGAAGGGAAGCUGGUGGAGACAAUUCAGCCUGCUCCUUAAACGUGCGUGGAUGCAGGCUUCCCGUGAUGGACCAACAAAUAAAGUUCGGGCAAGAAUGUCAAUUGCAUCAGCAAUCAUAUUUGGCUCAGUUUUUUGGAGAAUGGGCAGAUCUCAGACAUCAAUUCAAGACAGAAUGGGAUUGCUUCAGGUUGCUGCAAUAAACACCGCAAUGGCUGCUCUCACAAAGACUGUGGGAGUUUUCCCCAAGGAGCGUGCAAUAGUGGACAGAGAGCGUGCAAAGGGGUGUUAUGCUUUGGGACCUUACCUGGUUUCUAAGUUGUUGGCUGAAAUACCUGUUGGAGCAGCUUUUCCAUUGAUGUUUGGAGCUGUGUUAUACCCUAUGGCUCGUCUUCACCCUACUUUUUCUAGGUUCGGGAAGUUCUGUGGCAUUGUGACUGUAGAAUCUUUUGCUGCAUCAGCCAUGGGCCUUACUGUUGGGGCUAUGGUUCCAACAACUGAAGCAGCAAUGGCAGUGGGUCCCUCUCUUAUGACUGUUUUCAUUGUUUUUGGAGGCUACUAUGUCAAUGCAGAAAAUACGCCAAUCAUCUUUCGAUGGAUUCCUCGUAUUUCACUUAUAAGAUGGGCCUUUGAAGGUUUUUGCAUCAAUGAAUUUAGAGGUCUUGAAUUUGAUCAUCAACAUUCCUAUGAUAUUCAAACUGGAGAACAGGCACUGGAUCGUCUUUCAUUUGCACAAAGUCACAUUAGGGAUACAGUGGUGGCACAAAGUAGGAUACUUUUAUUCUUGUAUUGUAUCACACACCGUCUCAUGGAGAAAAAUAAGCCCAAAUAUCAGCAGAUUCAGCUUCCACCUUCUGAUAAAAUCCAACCAGAGCAACAACUUGAGCCUUUUAACACAGACCAAGUCGAACAAUACCAACCAAAAGAAUCUCCACCACCUGAUCAAAUUGAAUCAAACCAGCAGCUUGAAUCACCUGAAAUUGAUCAAAUCCGACCAUUUAUCCUAGAAGGUGCUAAGUAAAGGAGAUGUCUUUGCAAUACAGGAAGCCCCAUACUUUUAUGAGCUAAUAAGCUUGUUUAGUUUAUUUUUAUAGCUUUUUGUGAAUGUUGUAUAUCAGGACCAGCAGUUUAAGAGUCUCACCGGGAAUGAUUCUCAUUGUAAUUGAUCUUGUCAACACCUUAAGCCAACUUGAGGCUUGUAAUGGAUGAGAUGACUUCUUUUAUGGUCACUUUAACUAUGAAAGCUUUUGCUUGAUUCAAGUGUUUUGACCUCUCUUUACUGCUUACAAAAGGCGGUGCAACAAUGAAAGUAUGCAUUGAAAUUUUCUGUGUUUA